CAGAGAUCUCCACCCCACCCCCACCUCCUUUCACACGUUCCCCCUCUCUCUCUCUCCCUUGGUUUUCGUUUUUUUUUUGUUUUUUGUUAAAACUGCUGGAUUUGCUCUUCUCUCUUUGGAGAAGUGGUGGGCGAACUAACCUUUAAGGCAGCUCCUCUUUUUUUAAUGAACGCCCCCUCCCCAAUCGUUCAAGCCGAGAAGGGCAUGGGGAAAAUGCUACUCUGUCCCCUCCAGCAACCAGAAAGGUGAGAAGAUUGGGGAAAGGGGUCCAAGCCGGGGAAACACCCCCCUCUCCUCCUGUUUUCCAGUCGGGGUGCAUCGCAGAUGUUGGGCAGAAGCUGAGCUGGGGCUUCCGUUCCCACGCCCUGCCCACCCGUUCCUAUAAAUCCCACUGCUGACACCAUGAUCUCUGCUAAGGACAAGACAAAGGCUCCCAAGGACAGCAUGACGCUACUUCCCUGCUUCUACUUUGUUGAGUUGCCCAUCGUCGCUUCCUCCAUCGUGACUCUCUACUUCCUGGAGCUGACAGACCUCUUCAGGCCAGCCAAGGUGGGCUUCCAGUGUUACGACCGAGCCCUUUCCAUGCCCUAUGUGGAAAGCAAUGAAGAAAUGAUUCCUUUGCUGAUGCUGCUAAGCUUGGCAUUUGCAGCUCCUGCAGCUUCUAUCAUGGUGGGCGAAGGCAUCGUGUACUGCUUGCAGUCAAAGAUGAAGGGCCGUAGCAAUACUGAAGGCAGCAUAAAUGCCGGCGGUUGCAAUUUCAACUCUUUUCUCCGCAGGACGGUCCGGUUUGUGGGUGUCCAUGUGUUUGGCCUCUGUGCCACAGCCCUGGUGACCGAUGUCAUCCAAUUAGCCACAGGAUACCACGCCCCUUUCUUCUUGACCGUCUGUAAGCCCAACUACACUCUCUUGGCUAUCUCCUGCGAGUCCAACCCUUACAUCACUCAAGAUAUCUGCUCAGGGCAAGACCAGCAUGCCAUUCUCUCAGCCAGGAAAACGUUUCCUUCUCAGCAUGCCACCCUGUCUGCAUUUGCUGCCGUCUACGUAUCUAUGUAUUUCAACUCCAUAAUCUCAGACAGCACCAAGCUCCUCAAGCCAAUCUUGGUGUUUGGUUUCGCCAUCGCGGCUGGCAUCUGUGGCUUGACGCAGAUCACCCAGUACCGCAGCCACCCUAUUGAUGUUUACGUGGGCUUCUUGAUUGGUUCUGGCAUUGCUGCUUACUUGGCCUAUCACGCAGUGGGCAACUUCCGGGCACCAAUAGAAAAGGCUCCCUCUCACCCUCCUGCCAAGGACGCUCUGCGAGCCCUGACUCAACGUGGGCAUGACUCCGUUUAUCACCAGAACAAAUCAGUCAGCACCGAUGAGCUCAACCCCCAGACCCGGCUGGAAGGGAUGAACCGGCAAGUGUCACGUGAGAAAAACUCGCUGGGGAGCUUGAAACGGGCAAGUGUUGAUGUGGACCUUUUGGCACCUCGGAGCCCUAUGGGCAAAGAAAACAUGGUGACCUUCAGCAACACGUUACCACGAGUCAGCACCCCCUCAAUGGAUGACCCUGCUCGCCGCCAUAUGACCAUCCACGUCCCGGUGGACGCCUCCCGAUCUAAACAGCUGAUCACUGAAUGGAAACAGAAAUCAGUGGAAGGCCGUGGAAUGACCUUGGCAGAAGAGGUGGCGAGGCGGGUUGCCUCAGAUUCCUUGGCUGGAGAAGAGGAGGAUCAUAUCCCACCUUCCUUGUACCCCACUGUCCAGGCUCGAACGGCUGAGCGUGCCUCUAUGGGUCCUCGGGUCCUCAUCCAGCCAAGACCCAGGGCCACUCAACUGGUUCACAUCCCUGAGGAAAGUCAAGCGAACGCCGGUGCUAAUAUUUCACCCAAAAGCAGCUCGGCUGUGAGGGCCAAGUGGAUGAUGAUGGCUGAGAAGGGGGCCGCCCAACGAGUGGCCAACCCACCGCGCCUCAUGCAGGUAAUUGCCAUGUCCAAGCAACCCGGGAUGGUAUCGGUGACACCCAAGCAUUCAGAGACAUCUUCGUCCUCCACCAGCUCUGACUCCUCCCAGUACUGCUCUCCCUCAGAAAGAGACAGCUCUAGCGUGGUUACCAUCGAUGCUCAUGCCCCUCACCACCCAGUCGUACAUCUGUCUUCUGGAAAUGGCCCUUGGGAAUGGAAGGCCACCCAGAAAGUUUCGGAUAGCCAAGAUGCUUACGAGCUCAACGAGAUGAGCAAAGAUUACCAUGGAUUCCGGCCUGCCAAAAGCGCUGGAGUCUCACCGGGUUCCUCUGUCAGCGACAUUGAACAGGAGGAGGCCCGUUACGGCAGCGUGGCCACCAUCAAUGUGUCAGUGGGUCUGGGAGGGAGUGCAUCGUUGAUUUCAGCAGAAACCAGCCCCGGAGAAAGUCUUCUGGGAGCCUCCAGCCGGGAAUCCACGCUGAGGAGAAAACCAGCUAGCUUAACGGUGGGGGAAAAGGACGGGCAAGCAGAAGAGACGGAAAACUAUUAUAAGAAGAUGCAAGCUAACCGGGGAUUUAAGGAGUAAUCCCACCACCUACCUCUCUGGUCACUGCUUACCUUGGACCAAACUAUGAUUAAAAUUGUGACUUUUUUUUUCAAGCAAGCGUUGAAUUUCAGAUGGUGGGACUUCAUAAUGAUUAUAUUCAAAAACCGAGGUAAAAUCAUCCGUUUUACCUGGUGCCACAGUCAUUCAAAGGACUGAAUAUACAUUCACAAUAAUGAUGGCGUAAAGAGUCUCCCGAAGGGCCCAAACUUCUAGGAUUCACAAAAUGGAAGACAUUUUUUAAACAGAGAAGGUUUGGAUCAAGUCACCUUUGGGAUUAUUUUACCUUCUGCGGUGCUAGGAGAGGAUACUGUUGAAGAAUCCUUGGCUGGAUUUUCCAGAGGAUUUACAAACAAACAAAAAUGAGGACCCAGUUUGUGGGGGCAAUAAGCUGACUUUGUAUAAAUAUACAAAAGUAUGAAGGCUAUUGCUUAACGCAUUGUAAGCCACCCUGAGUCUCCGGAGAAGGGCGGCAUAUAAAUCAAAUCAAAAACAAACAAACAAACAAAAAACACAAAUGUAGGUGGUAUUAAAAUAAUCAAGGAUUAUUCCUAACUAGCGAUUGUAACGAUAACAAGAGUGAGAAGGUCAGAAUGGAACAAUCCAGUCUGGAUUUAUUUGGGGUGUCCUCCUCAGCAGUGCCAGUUGGAUAUAUAACCCAGCCUUUCCCAACCUGAUGCCUUUCAGAAUGGUUGGAUUUUCAAACUUGUCCUUUGGUGAGCCCUUGCUUGGGAAGCCUGAGGUCAAAUUCCCCCUCUUCCCCCCCCCAGGAAUCUGUAUAUGUAUGUGGGGAGGUUGUAGUACUAAAGAUGGGGUAAAGUGUUACAAAGGGGUGGGAGAAUGUACCUCUAAAAGUUCUGAGAUGUUUUGGAACAGUGUUUCUCAAACCUGGCAACUUGAGAUAUAGGUGGACUUCAAUUUCCAGAAUUCCUCAUCUUUGAAUAGAUGGGAAAGAUAGGUGGACUUCAACGCCCAUGAAUUCUGGGAGUUGAAGUCAUACCUUUUAAAAAUAUAUAGACAUAUAUUGAUUUUUUUUUAAAAAAAGAAACAAUAAUAAAAGACAAUACAAACUAAACCCAGAAAGGAAAAGAAAAAUAAGUAGAAAAGAAGAAAAAAAGGAAAGGGGGGGGGCGAGAAAAUAUUUAAAGAAGUGAUUUUUGAUUGUUCAUCACAUUUACAAAGUUAGUCAUUCUUCAUCUCUUAUAAGGUAUAUGCAAGUAUAUUUUCUUUCCAUAGCUGAUCCCUUACUUGUAUUCAGAUUCAUAAAUUAUUAACAUUUCAGUCCUAGUAACAACAAAAAGUUAAUAAAGGGUUCCGGUAACUAUAUAGAAAAACAUCUUAGUUUAACCUUGGUCAAACAAACCAACGUUGUAUUCCUUUGCUUGUAGCAAUCUUGAAUUCAUUCAGAUGUUGUCGUAAGGUAUCAUCUCUCUUCAGUUUUCCCAUCUCAAAGGCUCCUUUGAAGCUUUAGCAAACCUCUUUUGUAAAACCAGUAAGGACAUUCUUUUGGCGUAUCAUUUUCUUUAUUUACACAGUAUCUGAAUGAAUUCAGGAUUGUUAGAAGUAAAAAGGAGUACAUGGUCGGUUUCUUUGAUCAGGAUUAAAAUAAGACAUAUAUUUUCACUUUUACUGUCAUCUCUAUUUUAUAAUCCAUCUCCCAAUAUUUCUUGGAGUAAUUCAAAUAUCAUGCAAUUUUCUGCCAUUUGUCUUAGUGACAACCUAAACUGUCUCAGAGGGCUCAAACUUGGAGGAAACUGCUAUAACAAUAACAGUAGCACUUAGGUUUAUAUACCGCUUCAUAGUGCUUUACAGCCCUCUCUAAGCGGUUUACAGAGUCAGCAUAUUGCCCCAAACAGUCUGCGUCCUCAUUUUAUCAAGCUCAGAAGGAUGGAAGGCUGAGUCAACCUUGCUAUCCUGCAGUCUUCUUAGGAGGAGGAACCAUCCAGAGUAUAAGUGAGCAAUUUCCUGUCCUCUCCAUGUUCAGAGAGGUUCUAUGAGACCAGUCUACUCACUAUUCUCUCAGUCAUGGCUGCAACGUCAUUUCCACUUGCUCAGAGACAUGCUAGCUGACCAUUCGUCACUCAGAAGUCAAAGUCUACGCAUGUUGCCAAGUUUGAGAAACACUGCUUUAGAGAGAGAGAUUUUUUUUCAUUCAAGACUAAACUGGAAAUCUGUAAAUAUCAAAAUGUUUGAAAGUGAAGAGAGAAGAGGAUGGAAGUAAAACAAAGUUGUCACAAGCAUUUUGGAGAAUGUAAUUUGGCUGUAUUUGUCCUUGUGUCAUACACAAGAAUAGGUCAUAUACGAGGCAGUGGAAUAGUCCCUAAGUAUAGUCACGGUAAAGAUUAGACAACUCUUAGUGAGUUUAAGAAUAUUGCCCAUCACUAUCAAAAGUAUUUUCGGAAGCCCACUGAGCUUACAAUAUCUGCUUAGCUUCAAAGAACCACAGAAAAACAUGUAAAACGCUUUGGGACAGAAGGAAAUAUUCACAUAAUUCAGUAUCCAUUUUAGGAUCAUUCCUCCAUCCCAUAGCACCUGAGAUGUCAAGAGAUGUUAAAUAUAAUCAUAGAGUUUACAUAUUUAACUUGAAGUAUAAUUGUCAAGAGGAAUGUUUCUCAACCUUGGUAACAUGAAGAUAGGUGGACUUCUAACUCCCAAAAUUCUCCAUGCUGGCUGGAAAAUUCUGGGAGUUGAAGUCCACUUAUCCUCAUGUUGCUAAGUUUGAGAGACACUGGUCAAGAGGCUGAAUUCUUUGCACAAAGCCUUACAGGCACUUAAACUGAAGGAUCUAAUGCCCCUGAUGUCAAAUCAAGUUAGAAAUAUAAACCGUGUUGGACAGGCGUGAAAUUUUAGACCCUAUCUACCCUUGAAGAGGCAUUUCUCAAAAAUGAUAGUUAUUUCACAGAAUUUAGUGGGAAAUUUUGGAUCUGUUUUACUGCAUCUUCAUCAUUUUGAGCAGUGGUUCUCAACCUUCCUAAUACAGUUAAUACAGUUCCUCAUGUUGUGACCCCCCCAACCAUAAAAUUAUUCCUAAAACCAUUGAAAAUAUGUGUUUUCCGAUGGUCUUAGGCGACCCCUGUGAAAGGGUCGUUCGACCCCCAAAGGGGUCGCGACCCACAGGUUGAGAACCACUGAUUUUGAGGAUGGAGUGAGGAACAUGAUCAGGAUUUCUUCAAAGCAGGGAUGGAAACAAUGUAAAACAGCAGUUGUCCAAUACCUAAAAAGCUGACCCCUAGACUGUAGGGCAGAGGUCUUCAAACUUGGCAGCUUUAAGACUU